GCCGUCGUCGAGCGUGCGUCGUGACGGGAAGUUUCGAUUUUCGCUGGUGCACAUGACGUCCGUGGUCCAUCGGGCGGACACUAUCGGGUUGCUACCGGCGGGAGGUCACCAACGGCCUUCUGGUGUUACCGUUCGCGCGUACACGGCCGGGGGUCCCGCUUUGGGUGCAACAGACGUCGGAGCGGCGGGGUUCUCCUUCUGCACUUCGUCGGGCGUCGUGUCCAACGGUCGAAUAUUUCGAAAUGUGUUUUAUGUGCGGGGUGUGAUGUUGUCGCCGGCCGCCCCGUUUGUUGCCAUUCGCGUGCGCGCUCAUCUUCCACUGCACGAACAGCCGCUACCGCCGGAUCCGGAGGACGCCUGGGUUGAGGAUCUGUCGCACACACUUCCUCUGGGGAGUGGAUCUACGCAGGAGUGGACGAGCAGGCAGUGCCAACAGAGGGAAGCAGGGACCACGCGCGAGUCGUUCACCGCAUUGCUGGAGGAGGGUGUCGACAACGCCGCCACAGAGCUUGUGGACUUGGAUUUCGAAUUGUGCAGCGGGAGUGGUGCAAGUGGUCCGAUCCACAGCGGAGGGGUGGUGGGAUCGCCAAUGUUGGGAGGAGGAUCGUCGCGUGUCGGUGGACCGACGAAUGGGUGUCAUCCACCGGUCCCGAGUUCCAUGGACGCCGGGCCACUUGGCGAGUCGUCAAGGGCAGUGACACCCAUCCGCCCGUCGGUGUCUUCGCCUACAAUGCGGCAGAGGGCGACCGCAAGUGCUGCAAUCAAUGAUGGGACUCCACCGGAAGACAUCGGGAGGCAGGCGUGGGAGAACUGCCGCCUACAGAUGCGGCGUGCUGCCACGGAGAACAUAACCACCGGUGUGUCCAGGCUUCGUGUGGGGAGCGACGUGGAUGCGGACGACAGCCGUCGGGCGAGUGGGGACGAGUCUCCGGAUUCCCGUUAUGAAGAGGAUGCGGAAGACGGUGAGGGGCUGGAGAUCCGACCCGUGGCUGCGCGUGGUGGACGGAGGGGAGGACGCGGACGUCAGCAGAGGGGCGAGUCGCGUGGUGGCCGAGGAUCGAGGACUCCUGUGGGCGACAAGGGUGGCAAGCACCCAGCUUGGAGUGUGGAGGAGAUGCUGAAGCUCGCUCGAGCGAAGCGGGAUCAGCAAGCUCAUUUCGAGGGAAUGCCACACAACUACGGCCGCAUGCGCAACAGGGAGUGGAAGCUGCUGGACCUACAGAAGCGGCUGGCGGAGGUCGGAGUGGACAGGACAACGGACGACAUAGGGAAGAAGUGGGACAACGUCUUCCAGCAGUACAAGAAGGUGCAGCGUUACCAGAACAUGUCCGGCGGGAAGAACUUCUUCACAUUAACUCCUGCAACAAGAGCGGACGAGGGUUUCAACUUUCGAAUGGAUGAGCGAGUCUUCAAUGAGAUCGACAACAUGUCGAAAAAUAACAAGACCAUCUACCCGGACAACGUGGCAGACACGAGCGCACACGGAGGAGUGCGGGCAGCAAUGGAUGGUCACCGCCAGGCGGCCGUUGGUGGAGAGUCCUCUGCUGGUGGAGAGGGGGGUGAUGGCGUUGACGAAGAUGCGGGUUCAGCGCGGGAGACGGGGUUCAGUGCAGGGAGCACAGACACUUUAGCGAAGAGGAAGAACAUGCGGCAGCAGACCUUCGACGCCAUCACCGAAGUCAUGGACAAACACGGUUCAUUGAUGGCGGACACGGUAGAGGGUGCGAGCAAACGGCAGUGUAGCAUCCUGGAGCGACAGUGUGACAUCCUCGAUCGGGAGGUUGAAGCCCAGAAGCGGCAGUGUGACAUACUGGAGAGGCAUUACACGGCGUCCGAUGAGGCGAACAAGAUGAUGUGCACGGCGUUGAUGGAGAUUGCCAGAGCAAUAAGGGAUAGAUCUUGACGCCGGUGGCGUGAGGUUUGUCAAGCCGUUGAAGUGGAAUCGCCUGCCAUCUGGCCCGUCACGAAA